AUGAAAGCCAUGCAACAACAAUUUGAGCGGAUGAAUGUGGUAUUUGGAGAAAGUAGAGAUAUAGUGGAUCAACAUGAUACGAUGAUUGCAAACUCACAAAAGGGGCAACCUAGAGGAGUUCUUAAUGUUAGGAGGCAAUGUAGGUGUGACCCUGAAGUUGAGUUGGAUGAUGAGACUAAAUUGGGUAAUGAGAAUGAUGAUGAUCAAUUAUUGGAGAACGAAGUAGCUAGGAUGAGAAAUAGAGGAAAUAUGCAUAAAAGAAGGCCAGAAAAAGAUUAUAGAGACUUUAGUAGGGAUGGGGUUGAUUGGAAUUUGGAAACAAAAAAUCGCGCCGGCGAGUUGGAGGCUGCUGUUUCCGGGAACCCUUUUUCCUUUGCUUCUUCUGAAACUUCACAGUUUGUCAUGGAACGCAUUAUGUCUCAGUCUGAGGUAUCACCUCGCACUUCUGGAAGGCUAUCCCACAGCAGUGGACCUCUUAAUGGGUGUGGAUCUCUCACUGACAGCCCUCCUGUCUCACCCCCUGAAAUGGAUGAUCCCAAGUACUGUCGGCUGAACCCCAUAAAUAGCCAGUACCGUAGCUGUGCCGCUAGUGGUACCACUGUGGGUGCAGGUGGGAAGACAGUGGGAAGGUGGUUGAAAGACAGGAAAGAGAAAAAGAAAGAGGAGAAUAGAGCACAGAAUGCUCAGCUCCAUUCUGCCAUUUCUGUUGCCGGGGUUGCUGCUGCCAUUGCUGCCAUAGCUGCUGCCACUGCAGCAUCAUCUGGGGUUGGGAAGGAUGAGCAGAUGGCUAAAACUGACAUGGCCGUGGCAUCUGCCGCGACCUUGGUGGCGGCACAAUGUGUUGAAGCAGCCGAGUCAAUGGGAGCUGAACGCGAAUACUUGGCUUCAGUUAUUAGCUCGGCUGUCAAUGUUCGGUCAGCAGGCGAUAUCAUGACCUUAACAGCAGCUGCUGCUACUGCUCUGCGUGGUGCAGCCACAUUAAGGGCAAGGGCAUUGAAGGAAGUGUGGAAUAUUGCAGCUGUGAUCCCUGUUGAUAAAGGGAUGGGAGCUACUACAAGUGGAGAUGGGGGCAGUAAUGGAAGCUCAAACAGUAGUUUCAGUGGUGAGCUUGUUCCCGAAGAGAAUUUCCUCGGAAUUUGCAGUAGAGAAUUGCUGGCCAGAGGUUCUGAGCUCCUGAAACUAACUCGCAAUGGUGAUCUUCACUGGAAAAUCGUGUCCGUUUAUAUCAACAAAACAGGUCAGGUAAUGUUGAAGAUGAAGAGCAAACAUGUUGCUGGGACUGUCACUAAAAAGAAAAAGAAUGUAGUGCUGGAGGUAUUGAAGGACAUUCCAGCAUGGCCAGGCCGCCACUUGCUUGAGGGUGGUGAAGAUCGACGAUAUUUUGCAUUGAAGACCGUGGCACGAGGGAUUGUCGAAUUCGAGUGCAAAAAUCAGAGAGAAUACGAUAUUUGGACUCAAGGUGUUUCGAGGCUUCUUGCUAUUGCUGCAGAGAAAAACAACAGAUAUAGAACUUGAAAUUCCUCUACAGUUACGGUUAGAUUAUUAAUUGGCAAGUUUGACAAAAUAUCAGACAACAUUUAUAUUUGAAGCAUGGGGUGGAAUGGUUUGAUCUUGUGUUAAUGUAGAAAGGAAAAUUGAAGUAAAAGUUUAUCCAAAUGGGGUCCUCUUUGCUUUGGUGAAUGUAAUUUUGGGGUUGUGUUUUUUGUGAUUUUGAACUUGUUGAAAAGUAAAGUGAAGGAAAAGCAAGAAAACCAUGUGAACCCAAGUCUUUUGUCCUUUAUUUAUAUUGUGGGGCAAGAAAAGAAGGAUCUUGGACUAGGGUUUGGUCAAAAAGAAUGUACGAAUCCUAUUGGGAUGCUCUUUAUUCUAUAUUUUGCUUUUCUUGAAAUGCUGUUGGUUGGAUAUUAAUAGAUUAAGGUUCUAAUUUGGUGUAAAA